AUGGUAUCAAAUCCUGGGUUCUCAUAUUCUUCUGCGAGUUUAGACAUGGCGAUGACUUCAAGAUGUCUGAGUCGCUAUAUAAGAGAAAUCCAAGUCACGAUGACCUUCCCGUCAGUGACCUCGAGGUCUCCAGUACACACUAUUAUCAUGGGUCAGCACUCAAAAUCCCACGGCUCGAAGGAUCAUUGGUCGAAGCACUACGGAUUGAGCAACUCCCAUAACUCUUCACCAUACAUUGAGCCAAAUGGAGGCGAAAUGCUUGGUAAAUACAUAUAUGACAGCCAUUCGCCGUCCGAAAUACCAUACAGGGGACAGCCCAAGUGGGAGGAACGAUACCAUGAAAUGAAGAACCAUCUUGAUAACUUGGACCGAAAAUAUAGUGGCCAGACGAGUUACCGGCAGGCAUAUGGUCAUUCUGGUACUGGAAGGUGA